UUGACGCGGCGCAGGCAAGUCUGAUCUCUCCCAGAACCCCUCCAGCUCACCUCCGAUGUCAAGCUCGACAGGGGAUCCGGUGUGCGAGUGAGUCCUCCAGUUCCAGGAAGACCUUUAAAAGUCACGAGGUGCACUGGGAAUCUUUGUUCAUGUUACCACGGAUCAGAAACAUUGAUCAGGUAAACAAUGAACUUCGCACCUUACCAAGAUGAGUCCCCCGAGAUAGAGCGUGCUCUGUCGCCACCGCCGACGCAGGGCAGCCCUUCCUUCGACUCGAAUCGCGUUCGAUCCCCUCCUCCGCAGAACAGACCCGCUCUACCGGCCUCUCGAACUAUAUCAGAUGUACAGUCUCAGGCUCCUAGAGCCCUGGGAAACAAUGUGUUUUCUGCUUCUCAACAAGAGAGGGGCCAGAGCCUCGAAGCAUUCGAGACAAGUCUACCAAUGAGACUGGAUUACGAAGCUAUGCUGGCAUAUCUGUUGCUUCCACCAGCUGGCGGUGUGUUCCUACUGAUAUUCGAGCACAAGAGUGACUACGUACGGUUCCAUGCAUGGCAGUCAAGCAUGCUUUUCUCGUCCAUCUUCAUCCUCCACCUGAUCCUGUCAUGGUCGCGAGUCUUGUCCUGGAUGCUAUUCAUAAUUGAUGUGGCCUUGAUCGGCUUUUUGGCGCUGCACGCAUAUCGAGAUGUGGAUACUUUGGACCAUUUCGAAGUUCCAUUUUUCGGCCGCAUCGCCAACUCUUUCGUCGACAAUGAGUGAGAGACCUUGUUAAUCUCGGUGAACGGGACAUGCAUGCUCAAAUCAUGGGGCAGCUGCCUGCUGAGCGACGAGCCGCCUUUCUACAUAGCAGAACGCUUUUCCCACUGGCUGUGGCUUGAAUAACCGAACCGAACCAAUCUCGAAUGUGCCUCGUGGCCGCCGCGUCUGCCGACCAUCACGCCUGGCCAUCAUCAACAUAACUGUGGCC